AUGAAGUUUAACAAGCAAAUAUCCUCCUCCCGAAGGAAAAUGAGAAAGGCGCAUUUCACGGCGCCAGCUGGACUUAGAAGGAAAAUUAUGUCCUCCAAACUGUCAAAGGAGUUGAGAUUAAAAUAUAAGACGCGAGCUCUGCCAGUGAGGAAGGACGACGAAGUCCUCAUUUGCAGAGGACACAACCACGGCCGAGAAGGAAAAGUUGUGAAGAUAAACAGAAAGCGAUUUAAAAUAUACGUGGAAAGAGUAACCAGGGAAAAGGCAAACGGAGAGUCCACCUUCAUUGGUAUCCACCCGAGCAACGUCAUCUUGACCAAACUGAAAAUUGACAAGAACCGUAAAAAGAUCCUCGACAGAAAGGCGCCAAAGGAGAAAAUGUAA